AUGUUAUUCGUAUCUACCAUAUUCUUAUUGCUUUACAGAAGUGGAACAGCAAGUCGAAGCGAACCUGUGCCCAUCUACUUGGAUAAUCUACUGAAUGCUGGCAGAGAAGUCUACGAUAAUCAGUCUCCACCUGUACAGCAUGACAAAGAGGAAGUGACUGUUGUCGAAUUGGCUAUGUACAUCGAAGGAAUGUCAUCUUUUCGGACGCAGACUAUGGAUUUCCAGCUGGACGUCUAUUUUCAGCAGUUUUGGAGGGACCCACGGCUUGCACAUAAUGAGACAAGACGUGUCUUGGUGAAAGACAAAGCAGUGCUGCACAAAAUGUGGCAUCCCGAUGUGUAUUUUGCCAAUGCGAGAAUUGCAGAGUUUCAUGAGGUUACCCAACCGAACUUCCUGGUAUGGAUACAGCCGGAUGGAUCAAUUCUCUAUGAUACUCGCAUCUCGAUGGUUGUGGUGUGUACUUUGAACCUGGAGAAGUGGCCACUGGAUUCACAACGGUGUCACUUGCGCAUUCUGAGCUAUGCCUACACAACAGAACAACUGGUGAUCAAAUGGAAGGAAGAGGAACCGAUCACUAGAAAUCCGAACAUUGCAAUGUCAGACAUGCAUAUAGUCGAUUUGUAUCCGGGUCUUUGUGACGGAAAUUACUCAACUGGUACUUGGAGUUGUGUGACAGCUGAAUUUUUCGUGAAGCGAGAAAUAACUCAUCACGUGAUGCAAUCCUAUGUACCAACCACCUUAAUUGUAGUUAUUUCUUGGUUCAGCUUCUGGCUCGACGUAGAAGCAGUGCCAGCCAGAGUUUCACUUGCAAUCACCACUCUUCUCACACUAUCAACACAGGCCAACGCAGCUAGGAUGGCUCUUCCAGAAGUCAGCUACAUGAAGGCUAUCGAUGUCUGGAUGGGAGCUUGCAUGAUGUUCGUGUUUGGAGUAAUGAUCGAAUUCACAAUUGUCAACUACGCUCAACGGCAAGGAAGGAAAUGGCACCGCACUGAUGCAGAAAUUGUAAUGGCGUCAUCAUUAGAAUCUGUGAAGAGUGGAGUACCUGGAGCAGAGAAGAAACCAUCGAGAGCUGAUUUGGGAGCACAUGCAAGACAACUAUUCCUCAGACUCCGUACAAAUGAACGCCAACAUUUGGUGGAGGAUCCACCUGAGCAGAUAGCAAUGAAUGAUACAGCUUAUGAUACGGUCAGUCAAGCGUACAGUAACAGCUUCUCUGACGAAGAGGCAGCUCCUACAACACAACAACGAAAUGAGGACGCCGAGGCGCAAGAGGAAGUGUGGGCAGAACAAAAAGAAACGAAUUUGAGUGAAGUAUGGAAAGAGAGAGAUGGCGAUCCUGCAGAACGUCUUGCACACUGGAAUGAAAAAGAGAAUGAUGCGAGUUCUCCGUUAAUGGGAAAUGGAAGAGCUCAUGUGAGAUAUGGUGCAGCUGACAAGCUAAGAAACCGCAAAUGCAAUGAUAGCAGCCGUAAAAAGGAGAAAUGGAGUUCAGCCAUCAAGCAGAUCCAGAAACACAAGAAAAUUGCCGGUAGGAAUCGAGCCAAGAAAAUCGAUCAGACAAGCCGAUGGAUCUUCCCACUCACGUUUGUUAUUUUCAACCUCACUUAUUGGAUUUAUUAUCUUUACUGGAAAGAGUAA